GGCCGGAACUGGGGGCCGGGGCAGCAGGCCGUGCGGCGAUGGAGCCAGACUACAAGCGCAGGAAGAUGGAGGAGCCGGCUGACCCACCGUGGGAGGCGUUGCUGGUGCUGCCCGAGCUGGAGUCACAGGAGGUCGAGCUGACCCCGGCCUAUGCCGCCCCCGUGCUGCUCCGGACCGAGACGUCCCGCCUGGUGCGGGAGCUGUCGGCCGCCCGCCCCCUGACAGAGCUCCCGCACCUGAAGCGGGUGCGGGCACGGGGCGGGACUCAGCCGCUGGAGGUGCUCCUUUGCCCGGCCGGCCCCUCGCCGGGCGCCUCGCGGACACUGGCGGAGCUCCUCCCGGACGGACGGGUGGACGUCCGUGGCCUGGGAGAGCCCUUCCUGGUGCAGGUGCCUGCCCGGGCCCCCCUCACCCGGCCCCAGUUCGAGGAGGCCGCCCGGCACUGGCCCACAGCCUUCCACGAGAACAAACGGACCAGCCAGGCCCUGGCCGGGCGGCUCUUCACACCCCAGGACAAGGCGGCCAUGGGAGCCCACAUGGAGCACGCCGUCUGGGCCGCCCGCCGGGGGGCAGAGCUGGGCAUGGUGCCGGCGGGCGCCGCCGUGGUCGACCCGGCCACGGGGCAGGUCCUGGCGGUGGGGCACGACUGCCGGAACGGCCUCCACCCGCUGCUCCACGCCGCCAUGGUCUGCAUCGACCUGGUGGCCUGCGGCCAGGGCGGAGGGGCCUACAGCUACCCGGACUAUCCCGCCUGCUCCUUCCUGCCCCCUCUGCCUGGUGACGGGCUUCCCUACAUCUGCACCGGCUACGACCUGUACCUCACCCGGGAGCCCUGCGUCAUGUGCGCCAUGGCCCUGGUGCACUCCAGAAUCCAGCGGGUCUUUUACGGCGUGUCCUCCCCGCACGGCGCCUUGGGGACCGGAUACCGCCUCCACGGCCGCCAGGAUCUGAACCACCGCUACGAGGUCUUCUGCGGCGUCUUGGAGGGGCCGUGCCGACGCCUGGGCCAGGAGCCCGCUGCCCGCUAGCCCCAGGGGGCCUUUUUAUGGGGCUUGUUUUUAUACCCUUUGUUUUAAAAAGCCGAGCUCGAUGAUUGGGUGUUGGGUUUUUGGUUUGUUUCAUUUUUUUUUUAAAUAAAGUU